CCCCGUGUGCGGCCAAGCGUCGCCUAUCAGAGCUUCUGAAUUUAUAUCCGCCUUGUGAUGGACGCCAGCAUCAAGCAGCCCACUAGCUCCAGCUGCUGUCCCUAUAGUUUGGCUGACCGAACAUCCAGAUAGUGGCUCUCGUGAAGUUCAUCAAACUUCUCAGUGCGCUUAAUCAUGGAGAAAGACGCAAUUGAACACACCAGCUUUCCCGAACCAGAGAAGCAUACCAAAUUCGACGACAACGAGGUCUUCCGCACCGAUGGCGAGGUCAACUUUCGAACAGUUGGAUGGCCGAGAGCGUCGGUCAUCUUCUUAAAAGUCAUCUUCGCAACAGGCGUCCUCAGUAUUCCGGUCUCAAUGGUCAGCCUUGGUGCCGUUGGUGGCGCUUUGAAUGUCAUUGGUUGGGGCGCUUUCAACACGUAUACAGCCAUCAUCCAAGGCGACUUUCGAAAUAAUCAUCGAAAAUGCCACUCGAUUGCGGACAUGGCACAAGAAGUUGGUGGUGCCUGGGCACGCGAACUGUGCGGAGCACUUUUCAUCGUUGCACUGAUCCUGUGCUCCGGGUCUGGCAUUCUCGGCGUCACAAUCGGUCUUAACGCCCUCUCCAGACACGGAACCUGCACUGUGACCUUCUCAGUCAUUGCGGCGAUCGUCGUGAUCGCCGCAGCCUCUUUCCGCAAGUUUCAACAAAUCGGCAUCUUGACUUGGGUCGGGUUCAUCAGCAUAUUCGUUGCCGUAUUCAUCAUCGUCGUGGCUGUCACUAUCCAAGAUCGACCAGCAGCAGCGCCUGCCACCGGGGACUACGAUCUGGGUUUCAAGGCCAUUCCCUCUGGAGUCACGUUUGCGGCCGGAGUGGUGGCAUCUUGCACCAUCUUCGUGUCUUCUGCUGCGACCUCAGCAUUCCUGCCUGUGAUCAGUGAGAUGAAGAAUCCGCGAGACUAUCGCAAAGCCGUCUACGUGUGUAUGGGCUUUGUGACCGCAUCGUAUCUGGCGUUCUCCCUUGUCGUGUACCGAUGGUGUGGGCAAUGGGUUGCGAGUCCCUCGCUAGGCUCUGCCGGACAAACAAUGAAGAUGGCUGCCUAUGGAGUCGGACUCCUUGGCUUGAUCAUAAGUGGGUGUCUGUACCUCCAUAUUGCCUCCAAAUACGUUUUCGUCCGCAUCUUGCGAGAUAGUCGACAUUUGCAAGAGAACACUUUGGUGCACUGGGGCACAUGGCUCGGUUGUACUAUUGGCCUUGGAGUCGUAUCCUGGCUAUUAGCCGUGGCAAUCCCCAUCUUCAAUUACUUGCUGGCUCUUGCGGGCGCUCUCUGCUUUGCUCCCAUCGUAAUGAUUCUGCCUGGCUGGCUCUGGCUAUAUGACCAUAGCGACUGGUACAAGCGAUCGGCCCUACACAAAAUGGCGUACGGCUUUCACGCUUUGUUCAUUCCGCUCGGUGUCUUCUUCCUAGUUGGUGGGACAUACGGAGUCGUGAAGGAGAUCGUCAACGCGUACGCGGACGGCCUGAUUGGCGGCGCUUUCUCUUGUGCUGAUAACUCCAACUCGUCUUGA